GUCGCGGGCAUUUACGGACAAGGACAGGUCUACUAUUGAUGUCUUCGAGCUGAAAAAUCAAAAGGGGCAGCAGGCGGGAGUAUGGCGGCGUCUCUUCUCUCCGAGACCGAGAUCAGGCAUCGGUCCAUGGCGGAAGAGGAUCCGAACGGGAAUGAGCACGGGGUGGCUGCCCGCAGCGCAGCGCCUCGCUGGGGACCGCAGCACGCGGGGGCCCGGCAGCUGGCAAGACUUUAUUCUCCCGGUAAGCGGCUCCAGGAGUGGGUGUGUGUGGUUCUGUGCCUCUUUCUUUUUGUCGUCAACUUCUCCUUCCUCGUAUUCCACUUCUCCACCGUUCACAUCUAUAAGAUCAUCCUUGGCAUUGUCCUAGGGAUAGUGACUGCAGACUUUGCAUCGGGGAUGGUACACUGGGGUGCAGAUACUUGGGGAUCUGUGGACAUCCCGGUCAUUGGAAAGGCUUUCAUCCGGCCGUUCAGGGAGCACCAUAUUGAUCCAACUGCCAUCACCCGUCACGACUUCAUUGAAACCAACGGCGACAACUGCAUGAUCCCCAUACUGCCGCUCACUCACACAGCCUACAAGUUCCUUACAUACCCACCAGAGGCUCUGGCGGCAUUCUAUCCAUGGGACUGCUAUGUCUUUGCCCUGGCCGUCUUCGUGACAUUGACAAAUCAGAUUCACAAGUGGAGCCACUCCUAUUUCGGCCUCCCGCUCUGGGUCACACUGCUGCAGGACUGGCAUCUGGUGUUGCCACGGAAACACCACCGCAUUCACCACGUCUCGCCGCAUGAGACCUACUACUGCAUCACUACAGGCUGGUGUAACUAUCCAUUGGACCAGCUGGGCUUUUGGAGAUGGAUGGAAAGACUGAUUGAACGACUGACGGGCCAGAAACCACGAUCAGAUGACCUCGCAUGGGCCAAGAGGACCGACUGA